CAAUGUAUUAUUUCCUCAUGAAAUUUUCUUGGAGACUCUCAUAUUGACUGACUCAACUACACAUUCUUUUCGUCUACAAAACCAAAAUCAAAAUACUUAUUUCUUUCAAACAAACCAAACAGCUUUUGAUUUUUAAGAAGCGCUUUUGAUUUUAGCUUAUUCCAGCAAAAUGGAAUUCGAAAAACAAAACUCAAACACAUUCUGCAAUCAAAUUCCCAAUUUCCUCUCUUCAUUCAUCGACACAUUCGUCGACUUCUCCGUCAGCGGCGGCCUCUUCCUCCCACCUCCGCCGUCAUCACCACCGCCAAUCCCCACUCGUCUCCCUUCUCCGUCACGCUUAAUCGCCAUCGGUGACCUUCAUGGUGACCUCAAGAAAUCCAAAGAAGCUCUCAGCAUCGCCGGAUUAAUAGACUCCUCCGGUAAUUACACCGGUGGUUCUGCCACCGUCGUUCAAAUCGGCGAUGUCCUCGACCGCGGUGGCGAUGAAAUCAAAAUCCUCUACUUAUUGGAAAAGCUCAAACGCCAAGCCGCGAUUCAUGGUGGAAAUUUCAUCACCAUGAAUGGUAACCACGAGAUCAUGAACGCUGAAGGUGAUUUCCGUUUCGCUACAAAAAAUGGUGUUGAAGAAUUCAAAGUUUGGUUGGAAUGGUUCCGUCAAGGUAACAAAAUGAAAAAUCUAUGUAAAGGUUUGGAAGAAACAGUUGUAGAUCCGUUAGAAAAUGUUCAUGUGGCAUUUCGUGGUGUUAGGGAAGAGUUUCAUGAUGGGUUUAGGGCUAGGGUUGCGGCUUUAAGGCCGAAUGGGCCGAUUUCAAAAAGGUUCUUUACACAAAAUGUUACUGUUUUGGUAGUUGGUGAUUCGAUUUUUGUUCAUGGUGGUUUGUUGAAAGAACAUGUUGAUUAUGGGUUGGAGAAGAUUAAUGGUGAGGUUAGUGAUUGGUAUAAGGGUUUGUUUGGUAAUCGGUUUUCGCCGCCUUAUUGUCGGGGAAGGAAUGCACUUGUUUGGCUUAGAAAAUUUUCAGAUGGGAAUUGUGAUUGUUCGAGUCUUGAGCAUGUUUUGUCGACGAUUCCUGGUGUUAAGAGGAUGAUUAUGGGGCAUACGAUUCAGAAGGAAGGGAUUAAUGGUGUCUGCGAAAAUAAGGCGAUUAGGAUUGAUGUUGGUAUGUCAAAAGGAUGCGGUGGUGGUUUGCCUGAGGUUUUGGAGAUUGACCGUUAUGGGGUGAGGAUAUUGACAUCAAAUCCUUUAUAUAAUCAGAUGAAUAAGGAAAAUGUGGAUAUUGGGAAGGUGGAAGAAGGGUUUGGAUUGUUGCUUAAUAAUCAAGAUGGUAGACCUAGGCAAGUGGAAGUCAAGGCUUAGGCUUAAUGGCCUUUUUGUUAUCAGUUGGAAUCGAAUUCGAUACAAUGGUAUUUACAACAUUCAGGCACAUUGUGCAACAAUCACUGUGGCUUUUAACUAAUGUGUUAGAAGCAACUUUGAAAUUGUUUAGAUUAUUAUGGCAGAUGUUGCAAUGAAGGUUUCUCAUUCUUGUGCUUUGGAAUUGGAGGUAUUUGGUUCCUUUACUUAGGUUUUAUAGUUCAUUGUUUAGUGAGUAGAAUCUGGAGCUGCUUAUAUAUAUGAUUAGUUGAUUAUUAACAUCAUCAUUGAUCUUAGUACAUGAUUAAUUCUUGGUCGAAUUAUUUGACAUUGUAAUUGAGCAUGACAACAUCGACUCAUUUAAUAAUAUAGAUUGACAUUUUAAAAAUGCAGAGUGCAGAACCUAUAAUUGAA